CACUCGAGUUAUUAAUGUCUGACUCACUUCUUUGUCAACUAAUUGGAUUUAUUUUGGUGGCUAUUUGUUGGGGUUCAACCAAUCCUUUCAUUAAAGCAGGUAGUGCUGGUUUAGAUAAAAUAUCAAAUCAAUAUUCACAAAGUGGUUGCUUCAAAAAGUGGUUUGCAGAAAUAAAAUAUUUAUUUACAAAAUGGCAGUAUCUUCUUCCGUUGGUCCUUAAUCUAAGCGGUUCAGUCGUUUAUUAUUACACUCUAGGGAAAUCAAACAUGUCACUCGCUGUGCCAAUCACUAAUUCAUUGACAUUUAUUUUUUCAUUAUUAACUGGUUUAUGUUUAGGUGAGAAAAUUGGUGGUAAAGAUACCUGGUUAGGAAUGGGUUUAGUUUUAUUAGGUGUAGCUAUUUGUGUCAGUCAAUAAUAAUAAAAUAAGCGGAAAGUUAAACAACACCAGAUUUUUUUUUCUUUUCUUUCUUUCUUUCUUUUUCCUUUUCUUCCUAUUUACUCAAAAAAAGAAUGAGUUUGACUGAUGAAGAAUUU